GGUUGCUUCGUACGCACCUUCGCGCGUCAAAUUUAUCCGAAUCGCAUUAAGAUCGAGGAAAGGAAGGGGCGCGGGAGAGGGAGUAUCGUUGCCCGAAGCGACGCUGUUUGUUGUUCUCGAGCCACUCGCCCCUCAACUUCGCGCAAUUAUCGUUUCUAUGCGUACGGAUGCGAACGGAUACGGUAUUCAAUGCAUUUCUGCAUCGAAGUAACAACGAUUUUAAAGAUGAUUAACGUUCGAUACGCGUAUACCGAUUACUGUGAAAGUAGUUUCACGUUCAUUUUAACCGUGCUGUAUUAGUGAAUUGCAACGUUACUCUAUGCAGUAGUUGUAAUACUUUCUUACGUAAGAAGAGAAAAUGAAAUCCAAAGUUUUUCCCUCAACUAAUGACAACUAAAGAAAAGUUUUAUUUAAUUUUUAUUUUGUUUCAAAUGUAAGUAAAGAGUUGCCUUCUCUAAACUUACCGGCGUCCCCGUUAUAUAGUGUAUUGAGUUACCAGUUAAAGUUUACGACACGUCAAAGGUAAAAGUGUGCCGUGGUAGAAGCAGUUUAAUCAAAUGAAUUUAAUUAAAGCGAUUCAAGUAAUAACUAUAUAUUCUCUAAUCGAGUGAUCCGGCUUAAUUGUUACGUUACGGUGCUGAUGGCUAAAUUUGCAUUUAAUGGAUUAUAAAGACCUGCGAAAUUUGACUCUUCGGCUUGAUUCAAUUGCCCGUAAAAUUAUUAAAUUGUCAUCCAUAACGGCGACUCCUGUUUCAAAUCUUCUUGGCUCCUUCCUCGCGUUGUUACCGACUCUAAAGCCCCUUGAAAACCGUCUUAGGCAUAUCGGAGUGACUGCUACAGGAUUAACGUGGCGUGCCACAAGUUUUCUAAAGUGUUUUAAAAAAGUUUUAUACAGGAAAGAUGAACGUCCUGAUGGUGACGGGCAAUAAAAAUCGCUCCAUUAUGUGCAUAAAUAACUUGUAAAACAAUUUCGAAAACCGUAUUUUCAGUGUUACCCAGCCCCGCGGUUCGAGAGCUCACUCCCUUAACUUUGGCCGUGUCAGUUGGCGAUAAUUAAAGGCCAUCAACGAGCGGUGAUUAAUCAGUUUAAUUAGUGACUAACGUAUGGUUUUACUAAAUAUAAUAUACAAUUAUAAAGUAUAUCGUAAUAUCUAAUUGAGAAUCGUGCUGUUUAAACAAGUGAUACGACAACUGGGAUUUGGUUAAACGAAAGUGUGUUUUACCAGCGAAGUGAGAAAAUUCUGUGUUUCAAAGGGAGACCGGAACACGGUGGCAUACAAAGUUUCGGACUGAACAUGGACGAGUAAGAAUGAUUGGAAUGAGUCUGCUGAACGUCGCCCUAGCGGUGCUAGGAGUAACGCAACUUCUCCGAGCUGAAGCACUGCAGGGAACGGGGUCAGGCUCAGCGUUGGCGUCACCGACGGCAAAGAGCACAGCCGGUUCAAGCCUGGCGAGUGUCGUGGCCGGAAGCAGCAAGCCGACUAGAAUCUCAGACAAGCCCUACUUUGACGACAUUUCGCCUAGGAACGUGACGGCGAUAGUCGGGCAGACGGCGAUCCUGAGGUGUCGCGUCAAACACCCCGGCGACCGUACGGUCUCGUGGAUGCGUAAAAGAGAUCUCCACAUCCUGACGUCAGCAAUCUUCACUUACACAGGCGACGCGAGGUUCGCCGUUUUACACCCGGAGUCUUCGGACGACUGGGACCUCAAAAUCGAAUAUGUCCAGCCAAGGGACGCCGGGAUCUACGAGUGCCAGGUUAACACUGAGCCGAAAAUCAACUUGGCGAUUCUCCUUAGCGUUGAAGAAAGUGCCCCUGUCCCCGCCACCGCGCCCAACGCCAUUCACCGGACCUUCAACUCAGCUGCUCAGGCGAAGAUUUCUGGACCAGAAGACGUUUACGUGAAAAAGGGCAGCACCAUCAGCCUCACGUGCACCGUCAACGUUCACAGCACACCGCCGAGCAGCGUUUCAUGGCAUCACGGUGUUGCAAUCGUCGACUUUGACAGUCCGAGCGUUCAUCACAGGGGCGGCGUGUCACUGGAGACCGAGAAGACGGAGAGCGGCACAACCAGCAAGCUCCUGGUGACCCAGGCGAGGCUGAGUGACAGCGGAAAUUAUACUUGCAUUCCAAGCAACGCGAAUCCAGCGAGCGUCAUGGUUCACGUGCUGAAUGGUGAACAUCCCGCCGCGAUGCAACACGGCGGAAGCUGCGGGGUAACGCCAACGCUGCUUUUGGCGACCAUGACGUUGCUGGUUGCGAAUUUUCUGAGGUGAGCAAUCUCUAAAUAAACGAUCAUGACGCGAUCGGUUAUAAAAGUCACGACGGUUUGAACAAAGCGUGUCAAGUGUAUGAGAUAAUGAAAAAUCAAGGAACCGGAAGCGAAGUGUGUUCGCCGACGAUAACAAUGGACAUAUAAACAAUGAACGCGUUGCUAAAUCGGUCCUAAAGUGAUCCUGACUAUGAAGCGAUUAUUUGUUACACAGUGAAAAGUCACGCUGAACAAUCGAUAUAAGAAAGAUAUUGCGAAACAGUGACAUUUUUCUAUAAUUAAAAUUGAAUAGAUGAAUAAAUAAAUCAAACGAAUAUAAAAUAUAAUGAAUAAACUAAAAUUUACAAAAAAUACUAAUCCCCCUCCCAGAUUUUAACAGAAAGUGCUACACCUUGGGAAUUGUACGUACGCGUUAAGGAUAUGAAGUUGUACUUAUGUGGUAUGAUUUAGGAUAGAUUAUAAUUUCAUCGAGAUAACAUAACUACGUAGCUAAUACCGUUUGUACACGUAACAUAACCUGGGGGUAUCCGGCAGAGUCGUACUGCGAAUAAAGGAAUGUGAAUUACAGGCAUGUACGCAUGUAGGGUACCCGGGUCGUAUGAAACCCGAGGUAGAAGGCAUCCGGUUGGAAAUUUUUAUGUAUAAUGAAGAAGUUGGUUCACGGUUUGAGUCAGGCAUUAAGCGCUCUGUAUCGGUGGAAAUUCCCGACGGGUUUCCGCCCGAGGCCGAAAGGAACAAUUUCGAAUGAUUAAGAUUCUUGGAAGUAAAUAGUAGCUACCCUGUUAUACCUUACCAAGAAACGAUCGGCAAACGUUGAGAGGUGAAAUUUUACGUGCGGGUGAAGGUGUAGGUAGUUUUCCGUAUUUUAACGCUCGUAUAAUACGGCAGAAAUGUCAGGACUUUGUAUAACACACGCACGGUCUUUCGUUCUUUGUUAUACUAGACAUUGUUAACUUUCGUUGAUUCAAAACGGAACCGAUGUUCUUCGUUCGAACAACGAUCGGUAUAAGCUGAGAAUAAAAUCCUAACUAUGCAAUUCCGUAAAGAGAAACGAGAAAAUACUCACCCUUGUUCGUUAAUAAGAAAUUUCAUCACAUUAUCUUCCCGCGAUCAAACUGUCGAAUAAUUGAUGGCAUGAAGAAAAGAAGAAAAGAAAAAAAAAACAAUCAAACGAACGUUUCUGUUAUUAUGUAAUAGAGCGGUUGAAUUAGGACGAAAUCAACUAGUUGUAUAACUGUUGUAUAUUAAAUACUGUAAUAAAAUUUAAGCAUGAAUGACAAGGUGUGUAUUUAGUAUUAACACUGAUUUGAUAUUGAUAAACUCAUGGCCUAAGGGAGAUUAAUUUUUGAAAGUUAUUAUCGUUCGAAGCCGAAAAUAACGUGAAGACAACAAGAGAAUACCGAAUCAAUUAUAUUGAUUCUGAACAGAUCAACCUUGUACCUUACGGUAAUGCGAAAAGUACUUUUGCCUGUUAAAAACUAGAUUUCAACUUCGAAUAGCCAUAUAAUAAUUUACAUAGAAAUAAAUAUAUUUACUGUAUGGUAGAUAAAAGAAAAAUAAUAAUAAUAAUAAUAAUGAUAUAUUGUUAAGUCAAGUCGUUGAAAUAUUUCAUAUAUGAAAUAGAAAAAUAAAAGAUGCAACAAAAAAAGUAAAUGACAAAAAAAAAACUAGGUUUAUAACACCACUGCGUAGAAAUUAAAGAAGUUUUCAUCACCUCCGUUUCGUUCCUUAUUGAUUUUUCACGUUUUCCUCUCUCUCUCUCUGUCUCUCUUUCACCCCUCACAACAUUUUACGAAAUGUGUCAAUCAGUUUUUCUACAUCACAUUUAGUCACUGCGAAAUGACAAUAUUUCAAAAAAAAAAAAAAGAAAACAAAAAAAAAAAAAAACAA